CGGCAAUCGACGAGCCAUGACGACGGAGCUCGUGAUCGCAUCGACCAACCCGGUCAAGGUCCAAGCCGCGCUGCUGGGCUUCCAGAGGCUCUUUCCGGACGUUCCGUGCACGGCGGUCGGCGUGAGUGUCCCGUCGGGCGUGAGCGACCAGCCCAUGACGUGCGCCGAGACGCUUGCGGGCGCGCUCAACCGCGCCAAGCGCGCCAAGGCCACGAAACCGAGUGCUACGUACUGGCUCGGCAUCGAGGGCGGCGUCGAGAAGAGUGCAACGAAUGGCGCCAUGGAAGUGUUUGCAUGGAUUGUCGUGCUCUCGACCGACGAUGCCAAGACGGGCAUGGCCAAGACGGCCAGCUUUUACCUCCCGGCCAAGGUCAUUGCGCUCGUCGACCAAGGCAUGGAGCUCGGGCACGCCGACGAUUUGGUGUUUGGCCGCUCCAACUCCAAGCAGGCGAAUGGCUCUGUCGGCUUGCUCACGAACGACGUCAUCACGCGCAGUACGUACUACGAGCAAGCGGUCAUCCUCGCGUUCAUUCCGUUCAAGAACCCCGACUUUGCCUUUCCAAUGCCGCAAUAAGCCACCGCCAUCAACUUCAUCAACUUGAUUUGACUUGAUGUGAUCAAGGGCAUAGAGAAGCCGUUGCUUCUCGUAACUGACCAACUAGAACCGAGCUGCACCUCUGACUCGGCUCCAGUACUGAAUAGCCACACGUAUAUUUGC